UGACGAUGACGAACAAAUUUACUAAAUGAAAAAUAUAAUUGCGAGGUGAUUUCUGUGUACAGAUUGUUCGCCAUAGAAAUUUUAGCCGACAACUCAACAACAUGUCAUAUCUCAUGCAGACUCAUUGCGGUAAAUUAUAUCAACCAGGCAUCUGGUCAAGUUUGAAAAGCUUUGAAAAACGAUAUCUACUUCUUAAUUCUUAAGAAAAUGAUCGGUUUGGAGGAAAGACAACAACAACUUCAAUCUUGUCUGUCUCUAUGCAGUCCGAAACGAGUGGAUAGGAUAUGGCAAUAAUCCGAUGCAAAAAAGUACACAGGGUUUUCAGCAGCAACAUCGAAAUAUCAAAUGUAUUCUUGAAUGAAGUGGAAUUCGGCUCAAGUUAGUUGAAUCGGAAUAAUAUGAUCCCAAACAGAAAUUCUCAAAGAAUGAAAUGGACGUGAUUUUAGUAAUUUUAUGUGCUUUUGCGAUAGCUAAAGAGGCCAUAUGUCUCGAUAAUGAUGGAAAGCGUAUCCAGGAAUAUAAUCAAACUGUUUCAUUCAACAAUACGGAAUAUGUGGAUGCAUCAUCUUUAUUGUCUCUCUCCAGUUUAGCAUUUGUUUUUGAUGUGACUGGUUCAAUGUCCAGUGAACUGGACCAAGUGAAAAGUGGUGCUAAGAAAAUAUUGAAAACAAUCGCAGAACAUAAGGAAAAGGUCAUCUACAAUUAUAUUCUCGUCCCAUUUGGAGAUCCGAAUAUAGGACCUUACGUUGCGACCACAAAUACUACAGAAUUCAGGGAAAUCCUCGGCGAAUUGACUGUAGAACGAGGGGGCGAUUGUCCUGAAAUGUCACUGACUGGAAUCAAAAAAAGUUUGGAACUGAGUCUGCCCAAUUCUUACAUUUACGUUUUCACCGAUGCUCAUCCUAAAGAUACGCAUUUACUCGCCGAUGUGUUGGCUUUGAUACAGAAGAAAAAUUGCCAAAUUGUUUUUGUGUUGACUGGAAACUGUGACGAUGGUGAAGAUCCUGCUGAAUAUGUAAAAAUAGCCGCCGUCAGUACCGGUCAAAUUUUUGAUUUGUUUAAACACGAUGUUCAUCAAGUUCUGGAGUUCAUACGAGUUUCUUUAAGAUCGCAUAAAGUGAACUUGCUAUCUAUUGAUGGUGCCAGUAAUUGCUCGAAUACUUUCGCUGUUCCCAUUGACGAUACCUUGAAUGAACUGACCAUUUCGUUAGCUGGCAAAAAAACACUCAUGAAUGUGACCGAUGCCCUUGGUAAACGAAUCGAUGGUACCUCAAAAGCUAACAUGUUACUGAAUUUGGAAAACAUUAAAAUCAUCAAUAUACAGAAUCCUAAACCUGGACUCUGGAAAAUAUCUGUCCGUUGCGUUUCGUCGUAUUAUACGUUGAGGACUACUGGCCAAAGUAAUUUCAGUUUCGUUCAUGGAUUUUCUGUCGAAUGGGUAACAUCUUUAAAUGAAACUAGCCAUCAACCUUUGAAAGAUUUUCAAAACUAUCUCCUAGUGGCUCCGACAAACACGAAGCAUAUUGUGAACUUCACUGUUUGUGAAAUAGUCACUCUUAAUGGAACUGUAAUAAAUAUCGUUUGGUUGCAAAAAAUGGAUAAUAGGCGUGAUCUUUACUAUGGGCAAUUUGUACCCAAUGACACAAAUUUCCAUUUACAAGUAAGCGGUUUGACGAAAAAUGGUUCUGUGAUAAGAAGAAUUACUACAUCAGCAAUAAGCUCUGUUUCUGCAAAAGCACCAAUUAUUACACUACCGGAUGAACAAACAUUCAAAAAAUCAGUAUCGAGUUCGUUAAUUUGUAAAGUUGAAUCGUUGCUUCCAUUCACGGUUCGAUGGUUUAAAAAUGGCGAGUACUUGAAUAUUUCAAAAACUUACAACCAGUCAGCGGCCGCUUUUUAUCCACUGGAAAAUCCAUCAGCCGCAGAUUCUGGAAAUUAUACCUGUCAAGUAACCAAUGAAAAUGGCACUUCUACUGCGAACACCAGUGUUCAGAUAAUUGAACUGCCUUCCAUCCAACAAAAUUUAACUGAACAGAUAAUUGUGAAACUCGAUGAUGAUAUCGGAAUUCCUUGUACAGCUGGCGGAUUUCCUUUGCCUGUGAUUAAAUGGCUGUUCAAUCAUACCAACGAAGUUGUGAAUGAAAAUGUCACUGAUAAUGUUGCUAUUUUACCUGACAAUACAUUGCUGUUGAUGAGUGUUACGUCAAACAAUUCCGGAAUUUAUUCAUGUAUUGCUGAAAAUAGUAUUGGCAACGAUUCCAAGCAUUACGAAAUUAUUAUUAUUGAUGAAAACGUUCGAGAGCCCGGAGUAAUUGUAAUCGAAGUACAGGAGUCAGAAAGAGCCAUUUUGGAUUGUCCGACUCCGCAGAGCAGUAAUUAUCAUGUCCAAUGGCUAAAGGAAAAUUUUCCCCUCGAUAUGAAAGUGAACGAACGAGCUGACGAGCCUAGAUACGUUUUAAAACAAGAAGGGAAAAUAUUAAAAAUACUUCACGUGAAGUCUUCCGAUUCUGGUUUAUACACUUGUAUGGAGACCGUCUUUUUGGAAACGAACUUGCAUCAUUUCUUACUGGAGGUUUUGGUACCGCCAUAUUUUCUUGCAGGUAUCGACGAUAAGACGUCAAUAUCUGUGCCAGAAAACCAAACCAUCAUGUUGAACUGUACAGUGGACGGGUAUCCCUUACCAAAGGUAGUGUGGAAGAAAAACGACUUGAAAUGGCCAGUUAAUAAGUGGACUUUGACAGAUAUCUCGUUCAAAACUUCCAGCAGGCAGUUUUUGGUGAUAAACCGUGCCAAAAAAGAUAUUCACAGUGGCAAUUACACAUGCAUCGUGAAAAAUAAAUUAACUACUUUACAACGUACCUUUAUUUUGCAUGUGUGGUGAACUUGUGUUGCCUACUAAUUUUCACUACUUAUAUUAAUAAACGUUUUCUUUCUUA